UAGCCGUUUGUGAAAAUAAUCGUUGGAAAAUGUUGCGAUUCUGCUAUGUAUUUAUUUUAAUACAAACUAUAUGUGCUUGUUUAGGGUCAACAGAUGGACCAUAUUGUAUGUCCUGCGACCGAAUACCCAUCCCAAGCGAUUGUAACCAUGUAUCUAAGUGUGGACAACACGAGAUGUGUGCCGUGCAACAAAUUGUAUCUGACUCGGGACACUUGUUUUAUGAUGUCGGUUGUUCCUCAGCAGAGAAAUGCUCACACAAACGAUCAGCUUUCUCCAACGCUGACAACGUUGCUGGUGACGUCAUCAUUUGUAGUGAAUGUUGCUCGGGGAAUUUUUGCAAUAUGCAGGGAUGCGGCACAAAAUAUCUGAAUGCUCAAAGAGGACCAAUCUGUUUCGCAUGUGUAAUUCAGGCCACUUUUGACUCGUGCGAACUGAUCACAUCAUGCGGCAAAGAUCAGGUUUGUUUUGUGAGCAAGUUUGUCAACCAGUUGAACAGUUUGCAGAGAUAUUCAAGUGGCUGCACAUAUCAGCAACAAUGUACCGUCGAAGCUACAAAUCACUCGAACUCUGGCAUGCAGUGCUGUUCCGAUGACUUCUGCAACAAUGAAUAUGAAGAGACACCCACAUCGACGCCCUUACACACGGUAACUCCUACGACCGCAGCAACAGUAGCACCGACAGCAGCUUUAAAGAGUACAACAACAUUUAGAGCACCAACCACAACAACAACACAUAGUGUUUAUGUGAGACCAACAUUGACUGUGCAAGAGAAAGUUCGACUAUGUUCUUUAUUGGGAUACAUGUUUUAUGAGGACAUAGACAUGUGUAUAAGAGUGGACGAGGAUGAGAAGACGUGGUCACAAGCUCGCCAAGUUUGUAUGCAGGAUGGAGGAGACUUGGCAAUGUUCAUUCAUGUAACGCCUCCUCAGCUGGAACGAUGGAGCAAUGGGCAUCUGAAACCGGGACAGUACGCGCUGCAGUACCUUGUGGGCGCCACUGAUAUGAACCAUGAGGGCAACUGGACGUGGUUGGAUGGUACACAGGUUGAUCAUCUGCUGUUCCUGUCCGGGGAGCCCAACCAUCAAAAUGAAGAAAAUUGUGCGAGCAUUUUCCAACGGAAUGGACACACACUUCUUAAUGACGACGUGUGUGAGACUGCCAUGCCGUUCAUCUGUUCAAUAAAUCUGCAGGCAAUGGCGGACGUCUUUGUUAAACCGGUUAAUAGACUGUGUAGAAACGAUGGAUACACACCAAUUCCGUCCAUGGGACUAUGUUACAAAAUAUACAAUCAGGAACGCCGGUCGCAGGGUGAUGCCCGUGCCAUGUGCCUGCAUGGAGGGGCAGAUCUGCUGCAGAUACAGUCAAGAGAAGAGGAAAAAUACUUCCAGGGUUUGAACUAUGAACAUAAGGAUGGGGACUUGUAUCGAUACUGGCUGGGUGCACAAAGGUCAGGAGAUCAAUUCUACUGGUUUAACGGUCACGUGGUCGGUGGCGAUUUGCAGUGGGACGACGGAGAACCAAACAACUACAAAGGUCUCGAAAAUUGUUUGAACUUUCGAUACGCCAGUGAGAUCCGGAAUAUUGGAUUAAAUGACGACAACUGCAACACGGGAUACUUCUUCAUAUGUGAAGAGAAAUGUCCGAAUACCUCAUACCGGUAUUUCCAAAGGUCUAGCCUUCAGCUUUGUUUUCAUGCCGUGUAUGAAAACUUAACAUGGACAGAGGCACGUGCAUAUUGUCAGAAUGAACACUCAACGUUGCUUGAACCGGAAACACCGCAAUAUGUGGAGUUCUUCCAACUUUACAUGCAUUCUGCACAUCAUGAAACGCAGUUUUGGGUUGGAGCAGAGUUUAGGAGCGCCCAGCAGAAGUAUUAUUGGUUAACGCAUGGCCGUCCCAUCUCUAACGACAUGUGGCAAAGCGGAACAACCAUCUCCAACCAGACCGCUUGCGUUGCAAUGUCGAGAUCCUAUGUGGACGGGUCAUGGGGACUUCGCACUCAGUUGUGCACAGCGCGAAAUGCGUUCAUUUGUCAAUAUCUAUGGUGAUUUAAUAAAACAAGUCGUGAUUCGUUGUUUAAAAAAAAAAAACAACAAUAAGAAAGAAAUUGUUGUGUUACGUCAUAUUCCAAAAUGUCAAUACAAAUGUUGUUGAGGUUGUCAGGUGUGAAUUUCGAGCGCUCUUUUGUCCAUGUCUAUUUUGAUUUAAUAGAAAACAAUCACUAUAUUUUGUUCUAAAACAAAUAACAAUAAUGACGAAAGUGUUGAGUUACGUAAUAUUAAAAAAAUGUCAAUACAAAUGUUGGUGAGAGUUUUGCAAUAUAAUGCAUUUGCGGUUAAAUUUGUUUACGAGCCUGUUUACAUAUUAGCUAACAACUUUGAACUUUGCUACACUUAAACCAUCGUGUGGUAAAUUAUAUAAGUGGUAAUUGAUUUCUCUUGUCGUUCAGAUAAUGCUAUAUUGUACAUAUUUAAGAUUUUAAACUGACGCAUUUGAUGGUAUGAUGGAACGAUUUAUAUGUGGUGACCCAGCCAAGCAUACAUUGAACGCAUACUCACGGAUUGCGGUCACAACGCACCUGGUGCGAUCCGCUCAAAACUUGAACGGCAAAUUUACCCAUUUAUGCCUAGUGGACUCUCCCAUCCUUCUAAAUUGGAUCAAUUUAUUUCCAAAAUUAGGGAUAUCUAGUAUAUUUAUUUCUAUAUUUAGACUAUUUCUUACAGAAAUUCAUUUAAGCAAACAGCGCAUACACUGAUGAGACGCCGCAUCAUGCGGCGUCUCAUCUGGGUCUACGCUGUUUGCCAAUGCCUUUUUUCUAGACGCUAGGCAUAAAUGGGUUAAGCAAAGAACAGUUACAUUUUGGAUAAAGUUAUUUAUGUAGAGUAACCAUGUUGCCUUGCAUUUAUUUGUAUCAUGUAAACAAAUAUGCAUUUUUUUAAUGCCAACAUAUUUGAUAACCAUGUUGCCACUUUAAUGAUUUUUGCCUGUCGUAUAUUAAGUUAGUUUAACUCGAUAAUAAAAAUUUUGAGCAAGCGGGACCUGGUAAAAAUGUAGCAGUUGUAGAAAACUCAUUUUAUCAAAUAACGCCUAAAGGAGCUGGAAAUUUUCAGCCAAUAUGAAUGUUGUAUCAGGUAAUGAGUUAUGUUUUAAUACUAUCACCAUGGGUGGAGACCAUCUCACGCUGCAUUUCCAUUUAAGGCUUUAAUAACGGAGAUAAUGCCCAAUUGAUUUGUGGUGACCUUAACCGCAUGUAUUGUGUCUACACAAUAUUUAUUUCAUUUGUGGUGACCUUAACCGCAUGUAUUGUGUCUACACAAUAUUUAUUUCAUUUGUGGUGACCUUAACCGCAUGUAUUGUGUCUACACAAUAUUUAUUUCCGACUGUAUGAACAUGUUGACUUCAGAUUGUGCAUCCAUAUUCGGCGCUAGCAAACAUAUAGAUUUAAUAAAGAUUGUUUUACAGAAAGAUUG